UUUUUUUUUUUUUCCACGGGACCACUCCACGCUUAGCCACCAUGUCCGCUGCACAAGAAGCCCUCAACGACGUGCCCAUCGAGGUGUCCAAGGUGUUCGACACCAUCCUCGUGUUGGACUUCGGGUCCCAGUACUCGCACUUGAUCACCCGGAGAUUGAGAGAAUUCAACGUCUACGCCGAGAUGUUGCCCUGCACGCAGAAGAUCCUGGAGUUGACCUGGAAGCCCAAGGGCGUGAUUUUGUCCGGCGGGCCCUACUCCGUGUACGCGGCCGACGCGCCGCACGUGGACCACGACGUGUUCCAGUUGGACGUGCCCAUCUUGGGCAUCUGCUACGGCAUGCAGGAGUUGGCCUGGAUCAACGGCAAGGGCGUCGGCCGGGGCGACAAGCGGGAGUACGGCCCGGCCACGUUGGCCGUGCAGGACCAGGCCUGCCCGCUCUUCCAGGGCGUGGACCACUCGCAGGUGUGGAUGUCGCACGGCGACAAGUUGCACGCGUUGCCCUCCGGCUUCAAGACCGUGGCCACGUCGGACAACUCGCCGUUCUGCGCCAUUGCGCACGAGACCGACGCCAUCUACGGCAUCCAGUUCCACCCGGAGGUCACGCACUCGGUCAACGGCAAGGUGUUGUUGCGCAACUUCGCCGUCAACAUCUGCCGCGCACAGACCAACUGGUCCAUGGAGAACUUUGUGGACACGGAGAUCGCGCGCAUCCGCAAGUUGGUGGGCCCCACGGCCGAGGUGAUCGGCGCGGUGUCCGGCGGCGUGGACUCCACCGUGGGCGCCAAGAUCAUGAAGGAGGCCAUCGGCGACCGCUUCCACGCCAUCUACGUGGACAACGGCGUGAUGCGCUUGAACGAGACCGAGGAGGUGCACCGCACGUUGACCGAGGGCUUGGGCAUCAACUUGACCGUGGUGGACGCGUCGGACUUGUUCUUGGGCCGCUUGAAGGGCGUCACGGACCCGGAGAAGAAGCGCAAGAUCAUCGGCAACACGUUCAUCCACGUGUUCGAGGACGAGGCGGCCAAGAUCAAGCCCGCGUCCGGCCAGGAGAUCGAGUUCUUGUUGCAGGGCACCUUGUACCCAGACGUGAUCGAGUCCAUCUCGUUCAAGGGCCCCUCGCAGACCAUCAAGACGCACCACAACGUGGGCGGCUUGUUGGAGGACAUGAAGUUGAAGUUGAUCGAGCCCUUGCGCGAGUUGUUCAAGGACGAGGUGCGCCACUUGGGCGAGCUCUUGGGCGUGCCGCACGACUUGGUCUGGCGACACCCGUUCCCCGGCCCGGGCUUGGCCAUCCGCGUGUUGGGCGAGGUCACGCCGGCGCAGGUCAAGAUCGCGCGCGAGGCCGACGCCAUCUUCAUUGCCGAGAUCAAGAAGGCUGGCUUGUACAAGCAGAUCUCGCAGGCGUUCGCCGCGUUGUUGCCCGUCAAGUCCGUGGGCGUCAUGGGCGACCAGCGCACGUACGAGCAGGUCAUUGCCUUGCGGGCCAUCGAGACGCUCGACUUCAUGACCGCGGACUGGUUUGUGUUUGAGGCCUCGUUCUUGAAGCGCGUGGCCUCGCGCAUUGUCAACGAGGUCGACGGCGUGGCCCGCGUCACCUACGACAUCACCUCCAAGCCCCCGGCCACGGUCGAAUGGGAGUAGCCGGGCUGGCCGCAGUAUAGCUGUGUAUUAGGAAUCUAUGUGAACUGAAGAAGCAUCAGCCCCC